UUUCGCUUGUCGGUUGAGUUCCAGUCAACGUUCCCUCUGUUUUCAUCCAUUGACAAGCGAUGGCGUGGACGACACAGACCCAGUUGCCCUUCUUCGUCCUGAUUUUGGGUGGUCACGCCGUAGUGGUGCAUCCGCUGUAUCACAGCAAGGAUAUCGACCGCAACAGCAAUGAGCCCUUCCCGCACAGCAAGUGGAUGGAGAAGGUCAACGAAAUCAUCGAGGCCGCCGUGCGAAAGGUGCCUCGCGAGACCGAUGCGGAGGGCGGGAGCAGCAGCAGCAGCAGCAGCAAAAAAAGCAACCCAAUGUAAACCUCAACAAGCAGACCACAAUUGUGCCAUCCACGGGAGUAAGAAUGAGGUAAACAAGGUGAGAUCGUGUCGGUGCAAUGCGUGUCACUCCUGUGGGAAGGCAGUGUGCAAGGUUAGUGCUGGGAUUAAGGGUUUGUCAGGCCAAGAGUUAACACAGCUGGCCGGCCGCAGGCAAUACCAAGCAGGAUUGAACCUAUUUUAAAUACAAUACAGGAACCACAUGGCUUCAUUCAUUUGAUUGCCAGUCAUGCGUCAAAUCGACAAUUGAAUCAAUCAAUAUUAAUAUACACAUGACAUAUACUAUCUAUUGUAUAUACAGUGAUUUGUAUCUUGUUACGAAAGUGUCAUGGUGCGGAUGUCCUCUCUCUGGUAACGGUCAAACGCACACGCGAAGCAUACCAGCCAUCCAUGCGCGCAGCCAAACACACCAGACAACCAACUGAUCUCAGCCAACCGAGAGAGAGAGAGAGAGGUAGCCAGCCACACACAUGCUUUCGUGCCGUCCGCUCUGAGUGAGAGUCCCGUGUUCCCCUGACUGAUGUGCGGGUCAAAUGCAUGUGCUGCCUGCCUCAGUAUGUGAUCGGCGAGGGGACGGACCUUGUGGCGGAUACGUAGGCACACACUGGGAGGCUAGAGGGACAACACAGACGGACAGACAGGCAGAUCUCAAGCAGAUAUGCGUGCAUGUAAUCCCAGUGAGACAUGACCCCAAAAGCAUCCCAAAGCAUGCAUCCGGCCAGUCGGGAAGAGAGGAGAGGAGUAGGUCAGCACAGG